AUGGCCGCGGAGCGCGGAGAUGGAGAAGAACAAGAGGGAGAUACAGAGAAACUGCAUCGCGAAGCGCCAGAUGGAGCGCCAGAUCUUCAACCACCGGUGGAAAGAGAGAAGAAGGAUGAGGAGGGCAAAAAAACGUCCGGGUAUGGGAACCGAGCAGCGCAAACGAACGCGCGACGCUUGAUUGACUGUAUCACGGAGUGGUCGGACGUUAUAUCCUCCUUCAUAAAACGCGACCUCGAUAUCACGAUUAACGACGGUGGAAAUGGUAUUCAUAGCAGUGGUAGCAGUAGGAGUAAGAGUAGUAAUGAAAUAGCGCAGACGACGAUGAAGACGACUACGACGGGCCCGCUUCGAGAAAUAGAGAGGUGGAAAGAACGAAACGUGGAGAGACACACACUUUACGAACAGCUGACUUGCCAAGAGAUGAAAAAAACCGAGCAAAGCUUAGAAGAUUCAAUACACUCUGCGAUGAUAGAAGACCCUGAGCAGCUCUCAAAAGCACAUCAAACGCUCACUAAGUUUCGAUAUUUGCGCGACAACCUUGAAGCUCUGUGUGCUCAAUCGAAGGAGAAUGUGAAAUUUCUCGCUACGUUGGAAGGGCAUUUUAUGACCAUCUCGCGCGGCUCGUUCAAACGUAUUGCUAAUUGCUUAGAACCGACGCUUGAAGCACUCAGAUUAGUUUGGAUAAUUUCGCGUUAUUACUCUAAUGAUGAUCGAAUGGGACAGCUCAUGGGUCGAAUAGCAGACGAGUUAUCAUUGAGGAUAAACUCUGAAAUUGACCCAAAGAUGGUUUUAACGGAGUCUCGUGAAGACGAUGGAAUUACGAAAGAUAGAGCAGAAGAUCACGCUGAUCAUCUCUCAUUGCUGACAACAUCGACGACAGCAAAUAUCAAACAUUCACCAAGUCUACAUCCAAUCAUAGCCGAUAUUCAGGAUAAUAGUAAUCUUACGUUAUCGGAGAAGCUACGAGAUGCAUCUUUAGCACUGCGGAGCUGGAAGACAAAUUAUUUAAAAGUGCGCGAAAGUAUAGAGCGUUCCAAUCGCGACACAAGAUGGGAGUUCGACCGCGAACGACUAUUUUCUCGAACUGAUCAUAUUGCGCGUGUGUGCGACGAUUUGGGCGAAAUGCUUUCGGCAUCGUUAGAUUUUCAAACCUUUCUAAGUCCCAAGUUCCGAGCGGUGACGCUUGAUCAAGUAGGUUUUGACGACGCAGUGAGACGAGUUUCGAAUAUGAACAACCGAGUUAAUCGUUGCUCAUUCAACGCGUUUGAUCCAUCAAAAGCUGAAGACUGGGCCGAUAUUGUUCAAGUCUUUAAUGGAGAUCGCGUCCGAAUUGAACGAGUAGUGAGAUCAUUCAUUGACCAAUCGUUUAAAAAUUCCACAUCCGCCAAAGCAGCCUUUGAAUUGCUUCACAGCUUUCGAACUAUGUUCAAUAUUCCAUCAAUUCCGAUGAACUCAGAAUUGCUAGGUACUGCAAGAGACGCCAAUGGCCAUCGUGAAAAUUCUUCUUUACGAACUUCUCCAGUAAGAGAUGUUCUGAAUAAACAGAUGAGAGAUACGACGCGUGAUAUUUUGGACCAGUUUGGUAGAGAAAUCGAUCAAACCCAACAUUUUUUUCACACACAAAGAAGAAAUGUUCCAUUGCUGCGCAAUCAGCCUAGCGUGAGUGGUAAAAUUGCAUGGUCCCGUGCUCUCUUUGUAUCAGUUAGAAGAACUAUGCGUAUAUUUAAGUUUACAUCUCUUGGAGAGGAUAUUCAAAGCGCGGCCGCUCUCGAUAUCGAGAACAAGUAUCUUCAUUUUUCCAAGACUGUCUUAGAUUAUGAGAAAGAGCUGGUUCGAGAUUGGAGCUCUACAGUCGUUGAUGAAUCUGCAGCUAGUCUGCGAUCCUUUAUUCUGAUAAAGGAUCCUAUUACAGAGGUUCUCGGGGUGAAUGGAAGGCUUCCGCACUCGUCAGUGCCUUUGUUUCGUCCAAAUUUCCACGAAAAUUUAUCCGUUUUAAUAAGCGAAGCCAAGAGUAUUUCGCAAUUAGGACACGAGAUCCCGUCAGCGGCGAAAGCUGUUGUUCUUCAAGAAGAUGUUUAUCGAUCCCAUCUGAAUAAUUUGAAAGAUGUAUGCUCGGAGUAUUCGCGGGUUACGUCUGGUUUGACAUUCCAAGAGUUUGCGUUAUUCAAGGAAAAAUUGAUCGAAGUGGAAGAAGCCUUUGAGCCGGGUUGCUCGAAAUUGAACUGGAAUGCGCUAGGUUUCAACACAUUCGUUCAUUCGGCGCGAUGUGCGAUCGAUUCCUUUGAAAAAUCAGUACUUGAAGUCAGGCGUAUCUCGAAAUCGAUCAAAGAGCUUACGGAAACGAUAUCGGAAUUGAAUUUUUUCUCUCCGUCCUACACAGACGAGGCAGAAGGUGAUAUUGGGGUGUUGCCAGAAUUAGACGAUGUGAUGGGUACAUUAGAACGUACGCGCGAUGAAAUCAUGGAAAGAGCAGUAGGAAAGUAUAAGGAAGUUUCGAAUCUUUUAUCAGAUAUAGAGUUUUGCGUCAUUGGUACGCGAUCCAAAAAGGCUCCAGAAAUGCAAGCAUUUUACGAAUUUUCUGAGAGAAGCGUGUAUCGCGCUCUCGUCAGAGCCAUAUGCUCAAGUUUACGCUCGUUUCGAAGGGAUUUUAUCUCUCGUCGUGACGGUGCGAAUGCUGCAUAUUUUCGAUGUACAAUUAAAUUAUGCUCGCAAGACGUAGUCAUAUCUCCGUCUUUGGAAGAAAUUACCACUCGACUGAACUCAUUCGUCGAUUCGAUGCAGAAGAUAGGAUCAAAGUUUACUAGAUGGAUGCACGGAACUUGUCGCGAAGUGUUGCAAACCCAGUGCGUUGAUGAUGAUGAAGUAAGCGAUGAGGAUUACGACGGUUACCGCUGCAUCUCAGGCGGUUUAGAGAAUGACAAUAUCCUCGUGACGGCAGACACUUCUGUCCACGAAAAAGAAGGCGAUACGUUUGGUAUUACAUUCGCGCGUGAUCUUAAGUCAUCUAUCGUAUUGAACAAAUCAUUGGUUGCUUCACACCGCGCCAUUGAAAGACUUUCGCGGAAAAUUGUGAAAUAUGUCGAAAGUUGGGAUAAGUUUCAGCACGCGGUGAACACGAAAGCCCGUGAAGAAUCUCUGCAGAUGUUCACAGAUCUUUCUGGUCUUGAAUUUGCACCGCUCGACGAAUCGUUCGCUUUGUUCAAUCAAUAUAAAAGUAGAGCAUUAGCGGAUUCGAAACGAAAUUUGAUCAUUUCUUGUGCAAAUAUGGAUGCAACGCCACUCAUCGACGGGAUCGCUCAAGAAUGCGACAUCUGGAUCAAAGAGCUUUCUCGCAUUUCAGCCGCGCAGGACCGUAAUUAUCUAUCGGAAAUGAAUUCAAAGUUUCAAAAUGUGAACGAUGUGAUGGACGCAGUUCCGUCAAGUUUGGAUGAAAUGAAAGUGUUUGUGAGAUUGGUUCAAGAUAUACGUAUAGAUUGGGAGACCGAAAUAAAUAUUCUGAAAAUUAAAGACAGGGUCAAACUCCGCCUUCGUGUGAGACCAGAGGAGUCCUUAUCACCAUCGACGCCAUCAUCUACAACACAAAUCGACGCCAUUUGUGAGGAUAUGAAUGCCGCCUUAGACACGUUGGCGAAUUGGAAAGCUUGCGAGGAGAAGAUUGAAAGAGUGGAUGUGGACUCCAGGCACGUUCGGAUGAAGUAUGAAGAUCAAUUGCGUAACGAUUUGAAUGAAUUUGAGAGUGCGUGCGAAGAAACGCGAAACGACAUGCUAAAAAAUGGACCAGCAUCUGAUAAAAGUUUACUAGAUCUACACGCUGGAGCUUUGAAAUUAAACGAGUUUAAAACGAAAAUCGUUGAUUUAAGCAAUCGGCGCGAAGCCUUGCGUGACUCUGAAAAAGCGUUCCAAUUUCCCCCACGUUCGGUUUCAAGUUUGCAAGAGUUGCGAGAAAAUAUUGAAGAAUAUAUGAGCUGUUACGCAGUAAUCGAAAGAUUUGAUUCGAAAGUUAAAGUUCAUUCGCGCGUGUUAUGGGAUGCUAUCGAUAUUGAAAAACUGCGUGCAAUUGCCGAAGAGUCCAAAAGGGAUUGCGAAACAAAUAUCACUGAAAGUUCCAAGACAUUCGAAUUGAUCAUGAGCAUUAAAAAGAGCAUAGCAUUAUUUGAAGAGACUCUUGAUUUGUUUUGUACUCUCAAGUCACCGGCAAUGCGUCCAAGGCACUGGGAAGAGUUGGCAAGAUUGGCGAAGACAUCGAUCGCAUUGACUACCGUAUCCCUAGAGGACGUGUUGAAGCUUCGACUAUAUGAACAUGCACAACAUGUCAGAGAUAUCACGAACAGAGCCGAACGAGAAAUGAAAAUCGAGGAUGAUUUGAUCAAACUUAGUGCGGAGUGGGAGGACGCCAAAUUUGAUUUGCGGCCGCUCGCACGAGAAUCAAAAGAGACCCGCGAGAAGACUCUGAUCCUUUGCUCCGUUGAUGAUAUCACACUUUCGCUGGAAGAUUCAAGCCUGACGCUUCAAUCAAUGUCGGCAUCUAAACACGCGGCACCAUUCCAAGACACCGUUCAGAGUUGGGAGUAUAAUUUGGCUCAUAUUUCGGACGUGUUAGAGGCGUGGAUUGGGACUCAACGCAAAUGGUUGUAUUUACAAUCAAUUUUUUGUGGAGCCGAUGAUAUCCGGGCUCAACUUCCCCGUGAAGCAGACCAAUUCGACCAAAUUGAUCUUGCCUGGAGAGAAAUUAUGCGAAGCACGCAAGAAAAUCUCGAAUCGAAGGUACUAGAAUCAUGCAGAGUUGAAGGGCGAUUGCACCAUUUAAAAGAACUCUCUUUGCAAUUGGAAUCCUGUCAAAAGUCGCUAUCUCAAUAUCUGAACACGAAGCGCGAUGCGUUCCCGAGAUUUUUCUUCAUUUCUGACGACGAGCUCUUGUCCAUACUUGGCACCUCUGAUCCAACGCUUGUUCAAGAGCACAUGCUGAAGCUCUUCGAUAACUGCGCGAAACUGAUCUUUGGUCCAAACGAUGAAUCCAUCAUUGGGUUGAUGAGUAGCGAAGGCGAGUCGUUCGAGCUCUCUGAGCCGGUUCAAGUUUUAGGUUUACCGGUCGAAGUUUGGAUGAGAAAAGUUGAAAGCGCCAUGCGCAUCACGCUGAAAGAGAUAUGCAAGAAAGGAAUUCGGAGGUAUGUCAACGCAUCUUCGCGUACAACAUGGAUACUGGAGGAAUUAGGUAUGGUUGCGCUCGUCGGCUCUCAGAUUUGGUGGACUUGGGAGGUUAUCGAUGUUUUUCGUCGCGUCAAGAACGGUCAAGAUAAGAUGGCGAUGAAGCUACUUUCAGAAAAACUGACGGCGCAGCUAGCAGAUCUUACUAAGCUCGUACGUUCUGAUUUAACAAACCUGGAGCGGAAGAAAGUGAAUACUAUGAUUAUAAUCGACGUACACGCUCGCGAUAUCAUAGAAAGCUUUGUCCGAGACUCGAUUCUAGAUGAAUCUGAGUUUGCAUGGGAAUCUCAGCUUCGCUUCAAAUGGGAUAAAAAGCGAGAUGACAUCGUAAUCAACCAGUGCUCCGGAGAAUUUUUAUAUGGAUACGAAUAUAUGGGUCUAAAUGGACGAUUAGUAAUUACGGGCCUAACCGAUAGAUGCUAUAUGACACUCACGACGGCAUUGACGUACCGGCUUGGGGGCGCCCCGGCUGGACCUGCUGGGACGGGUAAAACAGAAACUACAAAGGAUUUAGCAAAGUCUAUGGCAUUGCUUUGCGUGGUAUUCAACUGUGGAGAAGGACUAGAUUACAAAGCGAUGGGGGCUAUCUUUACUGGUCUCGUACAGUGUGGCGCUUGGGGUUGUUUCGAUGAGUUUAAUAGAAUUGACGCCGAAGUGCUCAGUGUGGUAUCAUCCCAAAUCCACCUCAUCCAGGAAAGCUUGAAAACAAACGCAAAGCGUUUCAACUUUGAAGGCAAGGACAUCGCUUUAGACUCUAGGACAGGGAUUUUUAUCACCAUGAACCCUGGAUACGCCGGCAGAACAGAGUUGCCGGAUAAUCUGAAAGCUUUGUUCCGCCCAGUUCAGAUGAUCGUUCCGGAUCUUCAGCAAAUUUGCGAAAUCAUGCUAUUCUCAGAAGGUUUCGACAGUGCUAAAGAACUCGCGAAGAAGAUGACAGUCUUGUACAAGCUCGCAAAAGAGCAACUUUCGAAGCAAUCUCAUUAUGAUUUUGGUUUGAGAGCUUUGAAAUCGGUGCUCAUCAUGGCCGGAGCUUUGAAGAGAGAAUCCCCAGAACUCGAUGAACAGCUCGUAUUAAUGCGCGCACUGAGAGAUAUGAAUUUGCCGAAAUUUGUGUUCGAAGAUGCUCCUUUAUUUCUUGGUUUGAUAAAUGACUUGUUCCCAGGAAUGGAUUGUCCGCGCGUUCGGUAUCCAAAUCUGAACGACGCCGUGGAGAAAGAUUUAGAGAAUAGCGGGUAUCAGGUUCUUACCGGUCCUUCUGAGCAAGUUGAUAAGAUUAUUCAAUUAUACGAGACAAUGCUGACGAGACACACAACUAUGGUUGUUGGAGAAACUGGGGGCGGGAAGUCAGUUAUCAUUAAAACUCUCGCCCGUGCUCAAGAUGCGCUCGGUAAACCAACCAAGUUGAUUUUGCUGAAUCCAAAGGCGCAAUCAGUUUCUGAGCUUUAUGGCUCGCUGGACAGAGAUACCCGUGAAUGGACUGAUGGGCUGUUAUCAAACAUAUUUCGCGAAGCUAAUCGUCCCCUACCGGAAAACAGAGAAAGUGAAUCUCGUUAUAUCGUUUUUGAUGGUGACGUUGACGCCGUGUGGGUAGAAAAUAUGAACUCCGUGAUGGACGAUAAUAAACUAUUGACGUUACCCAACGGCGAACGCAUUAGACUUAGAGAUCAUUGCAAAUUGCUAUUCGAAGUUGCUAAUCUAGCGCACGCAUCACCAGCGACUGUUUCUCGAUGCGGUAUGGUCUAUGUGGAUCCGAAAACAUUGGGAUUUCAACCGAUUUGUACUUCUUGGAUAAAAAAACAGGGUACGGAGCUACUUCAAAGCGUGCUCUCGCGCAUAUUCGAUAAAUACGUUGGUACUCUCGUAGAAUUUUGUUUGGAAGGUGUUUCUGACGAGGAGCUACCCCCAACUUCUAGCAUCGAAAGAACGUCGUCGAAUUAUGUGGAGCAACUAUGUUCUCUCCUCGAUAGUUUACUUCCACUCUCUUCAAAAGAUGCAGAAAGCCAUCGCGGGAUUUCUUUCGGAGAAAGCAAUAUCACUGCACCGGAUGAGCAAGUAGUGGAAUUUGCAAGAAAGAUCGAGAGAAUGUCUAUCUUUGCUCUGACGUGGUCGUUUGGCGCCACGGUGAUUAAGUCAGAUAGGAUUAAAUUUGACACGUUUCUUCGGAAGCUUACCUACGAUCCCGCGUGUUCGUGUCCUCUCAAUUUACCGGAUUCUGGUACAAUGUACGACUAUGGUUAUGAUCGUUCCAGCGAUACGUUCUUCUCCUGGGAAUCCAAAGCCGAAAAUAUUCCGUUAGCUGCGCGCUCGUCGUUUUCAUCUCUACUUAUUCCCACAGCAGAUACCGUCAGAUCUUCUUGGUUAUUACAAACGUUAGGUAACGCCUCAAAUAAGCCUAUCCUCUUUGUAGGUGCAUCUGGCACGGCAAAAACUGUUACUAUAGAAAAGGUACUCGCUGAAAUGACAGGCAACGAUAGUAAAAUGUCUUACAUAACCAUGAAUUUGAGUUCGAGAACGAGCUCUCUUGAUGUGCAGCGAGCUAUUGAAGAUUGUAUUGAGAAGCGCACCAAAGAUGUGUACGGGCCACCGCUUGGUCGAAAAUUAAUUGUAUUCAUUGACGAUUUGAACAUGCCAAAAGAAGAUUUAUACGGAACGCAACAACCCAUCGCAUUGUUAAAAACUAUGCUCGAACGUGACGGCUUUUACGAUCGCGGUAAGGAGCUAAACUGGAAAACUGUCAAAGAUACGCGUUUCAUUUGUGCAAUGGGACACCCGGGCGGAGCGCGAAACACAGUUGACGCACGCUUCGCUUCUCUAUUCAAUAUUUUUGAAAUUGAGGCACCGUCUGAAGAGAACCUAAAAGCCAUCUACCGAAGCAUUCUCGAAAAGCUGGCCAGCGAGCUUGGCGUAAAUGAUGACGGGACACCGUGUAUUAGCAGCUUGGUGUGCGAAAAAAUUCUCGGCGCUACUCUCGAGCUUUAUGAUUAUGUGCUCGAUGCUUUCCCACCAACACCCUCGAAAUUUCAUUACAUAUUCAACCUCCGCGAUUUAUCGCGCGUCUUUGAAGGUAUGAGUCAAUCAUGUGCCGAUAGCAUUGCUUCAGAAAGUGCGUUUGUGAGAUUAUGGCGAAACGAGGUGUUGCGGGUGUUUCAUGAUCGAUUAGUAGACUCUAUCGAUCGAAAUUUGGUAAAGCAAAAAAUAGGAUCUCUCGUUAUUGAUUAUUUCGACUGCGAUGAGAAUUUAUUGAAGCAUGCCCUUUCGGAUCCGGUUUUAUUCGCCGACUUUAGGACAGAGUUACUCGUUGGAGAAGAAACCAUGGAAGGAGAAGAUACAGGAGUACCAGAAGUUCAAGAUGGAUGCAGCGAGGGUGUGCAAGAGCCGAAUGAUUUCUCAGUCGAGAGCGCUUUGAAGACAACGCGAGCUCAAUACAAAGAUGUGGGAACCUAUGAAGAUGUUAAAAUUACUUUCCAGAAAGCGCUGGAUAGUUGCGGACGUAAAGAGGGUCCGAACAAAAAAAUGAAUUUGGUCUUUUUCCACGAUGCUCUCGAGCAUGCGACCCGAAUCCACAGAGUUUUGAGACAAGAGCGUGGACAUAUGCUCCUUAUCGGAGAUGGUGGCUUUGGGAAACAGUCUUUAGCAAAACUUGCCGCGGCAGCAGCGGGUUGUUCAGUGUUCGAGAUCACUUUGACACGUGGGUACGAUGAGAACUCUUUUCGAGAAGAUUUGAAACGUUUGUUCACUAGAGUAGGAGUAGACAACGAGAAAGUAUUGUUCUUAUUCACAGAUAACCACGUUGCAAACGAAAGCUUCUUAGAACACAUCAACAGUAUUUUGACGAGCGGUGCAGUUCCCGCGCUGUACCCGGAUGACGAAAAACAUGUUAUUAUGCGAUCGGUCAGAGAUGACGCUCUCAAAGAAAACGUACGCGAUUCUAAAGAAGAACUUUGGCGUUUUUUCAUCUCUCGCGCGCGAAUGAACUUACACAUUGUGCUAUGCAUGUCCCCAACCGGAGAUUUACUGCGUUCUAGGUGUAGGAAUUUUCCUGGUUUGGUAAACGAUACUGUCAUUGAUUGGUUUACAGCGUGGCCGGACGAAGCACUUUUAUCUGUUGCGACGACAUUUUUGAGCUCAAUCGACGAGAUCCCAUCAGAUUUACGCGGUCCAAUUGCAAAUCAUGUGGUAUAUACGCACCAACUCGUCACGGAACUAUCGAUAAAGUAUAAAAGGGAGCUGAAUAGAUCGAAUUAUGUCACUCCAAAGAAUUAUUUGGACUUUAUCGCAAACUACUCGAGGAUGCUUGGUUUGAACCGGAAAAGAAUCGGUGAAUUGAAAGCCCGUUUAGAAGGUGGCUCUUCGAAAUUGAUUCAAGCUGGGAGUGAAGUUGAUGCUAUGCAAAAGUCCCUCAACCAGGCGAAGGAAGUCGUUGAAGGUGAGACGAAAGCAUGCGAAGAGUUGCUGAAAGUAAUCACGGCAUCUACGACUGAUGUCAAAUCGAAGCAAGAAGCGGCAAGUUUAAAAGAAAUAGAGUUACAAAAAGAGAAAGAGACGAUAGGUACGAAGAAGAAAGAAGCAGAAAGCGACUUGGCGAAAGCAAUUCCCGCGUUGGAGGCUGCGGCAUUGGCGCUCAAUUCACUGAAAAAGGAAGAAAUUACUGAAUUGAAGUCAUUCGCAAAGCCGAAUAUUGCCGUUCAGAAAGUUUGUGAGUGCGUAAUGAUCUUGAAAGGUCUGCCCAACGUUUCUUGGUCAGGCGCAAAAGCGAUGAUGACAGAUACUAAUUUCUUGAAGUCGCUAAUUGAAUUUGAUAAAGAUGCCAUAAAGGAUAAGCAAGCAAAAGAGCUAAAAACGUACACGAAAGAUUCAAAAUUUACUCCGGAGGAGGUGACGAAAAUUUCUAGCGCUGGGGGUGGUCUCCUCAAGUGGGUUUUUGCCAUGAUCAAGUACAACGAGGUCGCUCGGACGGUGAAUCCAAAGCGAGCAGCAGCUGCAUCUGCUGAAAAAUUGCUUCGGACAAAAACGAAAGAGCUAGCGAAGACAAAACUUGAAGUUGAACAACUAUCUGAGGAACUCACGUCUCUGACUGAACAAUUUCAAGAAAAAACGUCGAACCAGAAGAGAUUAAAAGAAAGCGCUGAAACCAUGGAAGCGCGCUUAUCUGCAGCUGAAAAGCUUUUGAAAGGCUUGGAGUCUGAACGCGUCAGAUGGGCAAAAGAAAUGAACGAACUCGAUGAAAGUAUGAAAAAUUUAGUAGGAGAUUGUUUGUUGACGAGCUCAUUUUUAUCCUACUCUGGCGCAUUCACGUUUGAGUUUCGCAAAAAGUUUACGUACGAUACGCUAUAUGAAGACGUGAAAGCGCGGAAUAUUCCGGUCUCUCCAUCUUUCCGUUUAGAAAAUCUGUUGACGACGGAUGUGGAACUCGGGAAAUGGGCGAGCGAGGGUUUGCCGACGGACGAUUUGAGUGUUCAAAAUGGUAUUUUGACAACGAAGGCAUCUCGAUAUCCGCUAUGUAUAGAUCCACAAAUGCAAGCCGUGAGAUGGAUCAAGCAGCGCGAAGGUAAAAAUCUCAUUGGGAAGAUUAAAACGUUCAGCGAUGCAGAUUUUCUCAAACAACUCGAACUCGCCGUAAAGUAUGGGCUGCCAUUUCUCUUUGAGAAUGUUGGCAAACACUUGGAUCCAGUAAUCGAUAACGUUUUAGAACGUCGCAUCACUGAGCGGAAUGGUAUCAAGACGGUUCAAAUAGGAGAUUCCGAGGUAGAAUGGGACGAUAACUUCAGGCUAUAUAUGACUUCCAAACUCCCAAAUCCAAGUUACGGGCCCGAAGUUUCAGGUAAAACGAUGAUUAUUAAUUACGGCGUCACUCUCGUAGGACUUCAGGAACAACUUCUCAACGUGACAGUCAAAAUGGAGCGACCAGAUUUAGAACUGCAGCGCGAAUCUCUCGUUCAAGAAACUUCCGUCAACAAAUCUUUACUUAAAGACCUCGAAGAUACAUUACUAAUGGAAUUGUCUUCAGCUUCGGGUGAAAUACUUGAUAACGUAGAACUGAUAACCACGCUGGAUGAGACGAAGUACAAGGCAAAGGAGAUUAGCUGUAAGCUCGAAGAAGCGAAAGCUGCGAGUGAGAAACUUGUAUUGGCGAGACGAGCAUAUGAACCUAUCGCAAAACGAGGAGCCAUCUUAUAUUUUGUUCUUCAGAACCUCAACAAAGUAAACUCGAUGUAUGAAUACUCGUUGACAUCGUAUCUGGAAGUUUUCAGGUCCUCGCUAGCGAAAACACGAGAAAAAAACAACUGCGGGUCAAGUACAUCGACAGAUGAUAGUAAACACGGUCAUGAUAAGUCUUUACAAAAUACUAUCACAGAAUUUGUUAAUGACUUAACCCUCGCGGUAUACGAAUUUGCUUCAUUAGGAUUGUUUGAACGUGAUAAGUUGACGCUUUCGAUGCAUAUGACGCUCCAAAUUUUGCUUGGAGACGGUGUCGUGGAUAUAGAGCAGGUUAAUUUUUUCACCAAAGGCGGUUUCAAAUUAGAUGGAAAUGCCGACGAAGAUAGUAGUAGUAACAGCAACGAAGCGAUGAGUUCUACUCGUAAAUCCUUCACAACAAAAGCUUUAGGUGAGUUUUGGCCAAAAUCUGGAUUACGGGACUUGGAGCAAUUAGUGACGCUCGAAUCCAGUAGCGAGCGUAUGAAAUCUUUGAUCGUUGAUAUUUCAACGAAUGAGGAUAAAUGGAAGAAGUGGUUAUCGAGUAAAACCCCAGAAAUAUCCGCCAUACCUGAUGAUAUUCAAAGCAGAUUGACUCCGUUUGAGUUCUUGUGCUUGUUGAGAUGCGCUCGGGUCGACAGGAUUACCGCGGCUACAACACAGUUUAUCUCUUCUACACUUGGCGAGCAAUAUGUAACGCCACCUAUAGUCAAUUAUGAUUCUAUAUUUAAUGCAACUAGUGCGAGGACACCAGUGGUCUUUGUUCUGUCACCCGGUGCCGAUCCAGCUUUUGAUGUGCUGAAACUUGGGGAGAAGAAGGGUUUCCGUCUCGGGGAAAAAUUGGAGUUUAUGGCGCUGGGACAGGGUAUGGGACCACGAGCCGCCGAGCUUAUAUCAUCUUCUGCACGCGAGGGCAAGUGGGCAAUGUUACAGAACUGCCAUCUGUUGCCUUCAUGGCUUGGAUCAUUGGAGAAAAUAUUAGAAGAUUUAGGCGAAGUUCACGAAGAUUUUCGUUUAUGGUUGACGACUGAGCCCGUCGCUGCUUUCCCGCUAGGGGUAUUGCAAAGUUCUCUGAAAGUUGUUACAGAACCACCAGCUGGUUUGCAGCUGAAUAUGAGAGCAUCGUUCGCAAAGUUGUCUGAAGACUCUCUCAGUAAAUGCAACCACCCGGCUUUCAGAAAUCUUUCAUACGUGCUGACAUUUUUCCACGCCGUUGUGCAAGAACGCCGCAAAUAUGGUAAAUUGGGAUGGAACGUUCCCUAUGAUUUUAAUGAAACUGAUUUUAGAAUUUCAUUAUCAUUGAUAGAAACCUAUCUCAACAAAGUAUGCGUCUCUGAUGUCGGCGAUGAAGAAGAACAUGAUCAUAUCGCUGCCGAAGAUCCCUUGUCAACAAUAUCGACCGCGCCGAAGCAGAAACCAAAAGCAGAUAUUCCGUGGUCAACCCUGAGAUAUUUAAUUGGUGAAGCCAUGUACGGCGGUCGUGUAUCUGAUUUUUACGACAGACGCAUUCUCGUCACGUAUUUGAACGAGUACUUUGGUGACUUCUUGUUUGAUAGGGAUCGACCGUUUGCGUUUUACAUGUGCAAACACGAACUGAGUGAAGAGAGGGACGAUACCGGUGAUAAGAACAAGGAUACAUCGUUAAGCGUAAGGGACGCUUCCCCUGCUGAAGAUGACGUAAACUACCAAAGCUUGUUUGGGUUGCCCCGACAAACAUCUUACGAAGCGUUAAUCGACGCAAUAUCUCGCAUUCCCGUCGUUCAAACUCCCAAAGUAUUGGGUUUACACAUGAACGCAGAUGUUGCGCACUGCACGAGAGCUGCAAAACUCAUGUGGGAAAAUUUAGUCGCUUUGCAACCACAAAUCACCUCUCCUCAGGCUCCAAGAAACGCGAAUGACGGAGAUGAUGGUGUGCACGAUAAUCUCACUGGAAAUAAAGCAAAGCGUCCAGAACACGUACUCGAUUCCAUAGCUGUCGAUAUUUUAUCAGUCUUACCGCAGAAAGAGGAUAGAAACUUUGACGCGAGAAAGUUGAGGAAAAAAUGGGCAAACGCGAUUACUCCGAUUCGCAUCGCACUUUUACAAGAACUUGAGAAACAUAACAAAUUAACGAGCGUGAUGAAGCAAACGCUGUUGAAUUUACGUAAGGCUUUGAAUGGUGAAAUAGCAAUGUCAUCCGUGCUUGAUGAUGUUGCGGUGUCUUUGAACUCUGGCUUCGUUCCGAGUUCAUGGAAAAAAGAAGCGCCAGAAACUGGAAAAAAUAUCACUUCCUGGAUCCAGUGGUACCGCAAGCGCGUCUCUCAAUUUAGCGAUUGGGUCGCUCAACAUGACGGUAACUUACCGCCGUGCGUCUGGCUAUCAGGUUUGCAGUCACCCGAAACCUUUAUUGCUGCUCUUGUUCAAACAUCAUGCAGAAAGAAAGGCUGGCCACUCGAUGUCGCGCACGUGAAAACACAGCUCACGCGCGUAAAAGAUGCACGCUCGAUUACGGAGCCUCCUGAAAACGGGUGCUUCGUCUCUGGGUUAUACUUAGAGGGUGCCAGAUGGGAUUUUGAAUCUCACGCGCUGGCCAACCAAAAGAAUAACGAGCUUGUGGAGGAACUUCCCGUCAUGCAUAUAAUCCCGGUCGAAAAAAAUGAAAGCGCAAAAGCCGGCGAAUUACGGGUCCCGGUGUACAUCACGCAGGCGAGAAGGAACGCCAUGGGAAAAGGUUUAGUUUUUGAAGCCUCUCUUCAAUCGGACGUGCAUGAAUCGCACUGGGUACUCCAAGGUGUAUGCAUGACUCUGAAUUUAGAUGAUUGA